GCUGUUGAUGAUCUGCAGGAGGGCGAUCAUGGUCCAGAUCAAGGCAGCCUGCCUGAACCAGUCCUACCGCUGCAUCGCGACACCCGUGACGGACAUGAGGGGCGUCGGGUGCAGGGGUGGCUUACUACGGUUAAUGUCACGGGCGCUGGCUCACUUAUUGAUUACUUGUCUCAAGAACCUGAUGGCAAAGUUUUCGCGGUGCAAGAGCAUCAUGCUCAUGGCGAUCGGCUGCUAUCCAUACAAAGACAAGCUCGUGACCUGGGAUGCUAUGGAUGUUGGUCGCCAGCCUCGGUCACAGAAGCAGGUGGAUUUACCCGAGGAUAGGUUCGUGGCGGCACACCUGCACUGGGGAGUACCAAAAGGCAUCGUCGUGAUGAGCGUGUAUUUAUACGACGACCAGGGCCUCGACGCUGACAACAUGGCCAUCAUUUCAGGCAUUCUGAAGUAUGUUGGACUGCUCAACUUCUUGGGCAUGGACUGGAUUGUUCUGGGAGAUUGGAACUUACAACCUGAGGUCUGGGCUGACGAAUGGCUGGAACAGGUGCAUGGUUUUCUUCUUUUCUCCGAGACUUCUACUUGUCAUAAGAGCAUGUUGGGCACGGUUUUUGACUACGCGCUGGUGGCCAACAACCUUAACACGCGCAUGCAGAAGCCAGAG